GCAGGUGCCUUCUGCGGCUGCGCGGGCUGUCGGGACUCCCGGCUUGUGCAUCUCGGCGGGAUAGUGUGUUGGGCGCUCUCCUCCGCCCAGCGUCUUCACCUGUGCAGGAAGCCGGAGGAGAAGCCGGCGCUUCUAGUAGGUUUGGCUUUGGCUGAAAAUAAUUUAGCCUAUAUGUACUGCUUUCAUCACUGGAAGAAUGACAGAUGACAAAGAUGUGCUUCGAGAUGUGUGGUUUGGACGAAUUCCAACUUGCUUCACCCUGUAUCAGGAUGAGAUAACUGAACGCGAGGCAGAGCCAUACUAUUUGCUUUUGCCAAGAGUAAGUUAUUUGACGUUGGUAACUGACAAAGUGAAAAAGCACUUUCAGAAGGUUAUGAGACAAGAGGACAUUAGUGAGAUAUGGUUUGAAUAUGAAGGCACACCACUGAAAUGGCAUUAUCCAAUUGGUUUGCUAUUUGAUCUUCUUGCAUCAAGUUCAGCUCUUCCUUGGAACAUCACAGUACAUUUUAAGAGUUUUCCAGAAAAGGACCUUCUACACUGUCCAUCUAAGGAUGUAAUUGAAGCUCAUUUUAUGUCUUGUGUGAAAGAAGCUGAUGCUUUAAAGCACAAAAGUCAAGUAAUCAAUGAAAUGCAGAAAAAAGAUCACAAGCAACUCUGGAUGGGUUUACAAAAUGACAGAUUUGACCAGUUUUGGGCCAUCAAUCGGAAACUCAUGGAAUAUCCUGCAGAAGAAAAUGGAUUUCGUUAUAUCCCUUUUAGAAUAUACCAGACAACAACUGAACGGCCUUUCAUUCAGAAGCUUUUUCGACCUGUGUCUACAGAUGGACAAUUGCAUACACUAGGAGAUCUCCUCAAAGAAGUCUGUCCUUCUGCAGUUGCUCCUGAAGAUGGGGAAAAAAAGAACCAAGUAAUGAUUCAUGGAAUUGAACCAAUGUUGGAAACACCUUUGCAGUGGCUGAGUGAACAUCUGAGCUACCCGGAUAAUUUUCUUCAUAUUAGCAUCAUCCCGCAACCAACAGAUUGAAGGAUCAACCAUUUUCCUGAAUGGAAUCACCCUUAAAUAGGAUUUACCAGAGCAUGUCACCCUUCUGCUUCAAUCAGGUUUGGUGGAGGCACCCUGACCAGAAACACUGCUGCAAGCCAAACAGGAAAAAGAUUCCAUGUCAGAUAAGGGCACUAGGGCUGGUCUUACUUUGCAUCACCACUGCUUUACCCCACUGCCGUCAUUAAACCUCAGCUGCGACAUGAAAGACUUUACAGGACCACUGCAAGUCUUCUGUUUUCUUGUAAAAUAUAAUGAAGCCGAAACCUUCGGCCUAAGAAGAAAAUGGAAAUAUGUGCCACUCAAUUUGUAUUUCUGAUUAACAAAUAAACAAGGGUAUUUCCUAAGGUGACCAUGGUUGAACUUUAGCUCAAGGGAGUGGAAACAUUGGUUUAAUUUUCAAGAGAAUUAGACUUAAGAAAGUAAAAGAGAAAUUCUGUUAUCAAUAACUUUCAGUAAUUUUUUGUAAAAGAUCAAAUUACAGUAAACCCAUCUUUCCUUAAUGAAAAUUUCCUAUGUUUACAGUCUGUCUACUGGUAUGCAAUCUUGUAACUUUGAUAAUGAAGUGAGAGAUUUUUAAAUAAAGCCUCAAAAUAUGUUUUGUCAUUUAAUAACA